UACACCACCCAGCGAGACGGUACAAGUAAGAUCAUUCUAUUCUCUUUUUCUCCCUGAAACUCGAAUUCACACAAAACCCUAAUUUCAGAAGAUUUCCCCAAAUUCCACAAUGGAAGAAGAAAAGAGCCAUAGAAUGUACAACCUGUUCGUGAAGCACUUGAACGGUAAAACCCUAACCCUAUUAUUCCCUUCUCCGAUCCUCUAUGCAACUUCCAUCAAGGAUCGUCUCUUCCAUCUCACCGGAAUCCCAAUCCAACACCAGCGCCUCGUCACCGGUUGCCGCCACCUUAACGACGAUAAAUCGGCGAUAUGGUGUUCGCCGGAAGGAGGAAACAUGUUCCCCUCUGUGCGUCUGCUUCUUCGUCUGAAAGGCGGCAAGGGAGGAUUUGGAUCGCUGUUGCGUGGGGCGGCGACGAAAGCCGGGCAGAAGAAGACAAACAAUUUUGACGCGUGUAGGGAUAUGAGUGGGCGAAGAUUGAGACAUGUUAAUGCUGAGAAGAGAUUGGAGGAAUGGAGAGAAGGUGAAGAGGAUAGAAAGCUUGAGAAGGUUGCUGAGGAUUUUCUGAAGAAACAGAUGAAGAAGAAUAAGGGUAAGGGUAAGAAUGGUGUUGAGGGUGAGGCCCAAAAGUAUGUUGCCAAAUAUAGGGAACAAUCUGAACGCUGUGUUGCCGAUGUUGCUUUGUCUGUUCAGGAGUCUCUCAGAAAUUCUAAGCGCAAAUCUUCAGCAAUAUCAGAAGCUCCUCGACCUCGCGAUCAGAAGAAAUUGAAGAUAUGGAUGGGGAAGAGGCCACUGGAUGAAAGUGACAAUAGUGAUGAUUCUGAUGAAGAUGUUAAGGAUGUUGAGGAAGAAACUGAGAAAUCUGUUUUGUUAAAUAGUCAGAAUGAGUCUGGGUUAAACAAAGCUGAUGAUAGUUCUGAUUCUGUGACUGGUCUAAAGAGGGAUGGAGGCUCUUCUGGGGUUGGCUCAUGUGAGAGUGGAUCUGAAGAAGAAAGGGAAACUGUUGUAGAAGAAGGCAGAGUGGAAACUGUUGAAGGAUCCCCCCAAAGUAAUGAAACUAUUGAGGCAAAACUGAGUGUUGAUGCCGAGCCCAUGAUAAACGAUGACAUGGCCGAGGCUAAUGCUGUUCCUUGUUCAGAGAUGUUGGAUUCUGGAAUUAGUGCUCAAGAUAUUGUCUGUCAGGAUAACAAGGUUGAUGACACUGUUACUCAAGCCUCAGAUCUUGUGAGCUCUGAAAUUGUGCCUAAUGACAUGGAAAUUGACGUUUCUCUUGAGCAUAAACCAGCUGUCAUUGAAGAAAGCUUGCCAAACACUGUUGUUCCAGCAAAGGAAGAGCCUCUGAAUUUUGAUGCUUUUAAUACAGCUGCAGAACUUGAGGCUCUUGGCUUGGAAAAGUUGAAGACAGAACUCCAGUCACGAGGCCUAAAAUGUGGAGGUACUUUACAGGAGCGUGCUGCCAGACUUUUUCUUUUAAAAUCGACACCUCUGGAUAAACUACCGAAGAAACUGCUAGCAAAGAAAUAAACAGUGCAUUGAUAUGCAUCUAUCAUCCGUGAAGAAGAUCCUUCUUUGUACAGUGUUUUUAAACGGAUCCUACGUUUUUGUUUAACAGUUAAUUGUGUACUGGUUUGUGUAACAGACUAAUGCGACCAUUUUAUGUUCAUUCUGUUUUUCCAGUGCAAUAAUUAUGCUACCAAACUGGCAAAGAAAGCUGAACAAUGUCCAUUGUAUUAUAAUUAAGUCUUAUUGUGUUUGAUGAACACUUUUUUA